AUUUGAUAAUAAAUAAACUGGUCGAGGUGAGUUUUACCCGAAAAGGCGAGGAUAUCGUUCUUUUCUGGGACACUGUAUAAAGUACAAAAGACACAAGAUUUCAUUAAGCCCCAAGAAAACGAAGCAGGCGAUAGAACAACCAUUGUAAAGAUGAACUUGCUGUUUUGGACGCUCAUUGCUGUGGUGACAACUUCAGUAAUAUUUGCACAGACAGGAAAUGACAUCGUUGAUAAUGGUAUCUCCGCUGGCACCGAGUUGGCAAAAGCAAUCGGCGAUAAGGACUUUGCAUCCACCAUGGGGAAGCUGGCCACCAAAGUUGGUCCCUAUCUUGGUAUGGUUGGUCCUGCGAUUGGAAUUAUCGCCGCCAUAGCUGGUUUUCAACAGGAGUCCGCGGAACUGAAAUUCAUGCGUGAAAUGUUAUCAAGAAUUGAAAAUCGAUUCGACAAAGUCGAUCAAAAAUUAAAUGAAAUCGCUCGCAGAAUGGACUGGAACCGUGCCCAAGUCCAAUUUUUCACCUUUGAAAAGAAAAUAAAGGCUAUGAAACUGGAAUUGGAAAAGUUCUACAACGUCAGCAGUAAGGAUUUUACGACCUUUCGGGAUACUUUCACUACCAUUUAUGAAUGUGUUUACGAGAACAGUGCCCAGUUGUUAUACAGUCACAUCGUAUCCCAUGGUUCCACGUUCUCUAGCAACGUUCUGGCGGAAGCCGUGAGGGCUAACCAAAACGACCGGCGCGAUAUGCAAGCAUUCAUGUUGGGGCUGACCAAACUUAUUCUUAUGGGAAGUCAGGUGGAAAUGGCGUACUAUAAAAUCAAAUUUCCCAACUCUCUCAAAGGCCACGAACAAAAAUGGACCAAUCAAAUCAAAGAAAUGGGAAAGGCCAUGAAAAAAGUUGAUAGUGAUCUUCAGAAAAACUACAAGGAUGUAGCCACCAACGACGCCAAAACGAUUCUGACAAAUAACAGAGGUGCUUCCAAAUCAGAUGUAGCCAAAAAGGUGUAUGAUAAACUAACAACGAAAUUCUACUGGCGCAAUUGGUUUGUAGCGGUCUAUAAUGACAUCUCGGGCGAUAAAAACCACUGGGUAUGGGUUUGCAAUGGUGCUCAUGUCUUUCGCCACAGCGGCUUCAACUUAAUCUUUGCAAGCAACUCCAAAAACACCAAACCUUUGAACACCUCCACGGCACGUAGUCUUUUGAAAAAUGCAUUUAAAAAAUUUCCGUUUCCAUUCCUUGGGGCUAAGGACAUUUACAAUAACAUUAAGUUUACUCGGAGCUGUGGCAAAUAUACUAGUGUUGGAGUCGUGAAGGCAAACGCGAACUUCUCCCCGAAAUACGCCAGCAAUAGAUACGUGCAAGAAAGACUAGGUCUACACUACGCCUUUAUGUUCCAUUAGCUUUUAUGGUAUACUGAAUGGGGUAAAAA